AGUUUUCCAAUCUUACUAUAAAUUUUGUGGUAGCUAACCUUUUGACCCCAAGAUUUAUAACACACUUUUCUCCUUUGUAAAAUUUAUGUCUUAUAGCUAUUUCCCCAUUGCUUUCCAAAGAAAGAUGGAAUACACCCAAAACCCUAAUAAAUCUGACCAAAUAAGAUGGAGCUCUGACGACCCAGGUCAAGUUAGGUCUUAUUCUUGUACUUUUUGCAAGAGAGGAUUCUCUAAUGCACAAGCAUUAGGAGGCCACAUGAAUAUCCAUAGAAGAGAUAGAGCCAAGCUCAAACAACAAUCUUCCGAAGAAAAUUUGCUUUCUUUGGACAUCGCAAACAAAAACCCUAAUGAUCAAGGAGAUUUGGAAGAGAAUCACGAAACUCAAAGGGGUAAGUUAAUUACUACAAAAGAACUUCCUCAUAGUUCUUCAUUUGUUGGAACUCAAAGGAUUGAAGAGAAGAAAUGUGAUUUAGACCUUGAGCUUAGGUUAGGUUAUCAGCCAAUGGAUUCAUCAACAUUGAGCACUCGAUCAUUUUUCUGACCUUGAAAAAUUGGCAAAAUUAUAGGUCACUUUUUUUUUUCGUACCUAGCUACCUCUUCUUCCACUUCCCAUUUGAAAGUACAACUCGAUUUUUUUUAUAUAAACAUAAAGGUACAUGUAUUUAAUCUAUACCUUUAUGCUUAUGUAAAAUACAUGAUGGAGUAAAUAAAUGUGAAAAUUUAAUUUUGGUGUGUUAUUAGUAUAUCAAAAAAUUUACAUUUUAGUUCAAUGGCAUGUUUCUACAUUAUUUAAUAAAUUUUGAUAUCUACAAUUAUUGUGGUAGUCAAAUUUAUUCAAUAAUGUAAUUAUAUAUUAUUGAACGAAAGUGUGAGAGUUUUAUAUACUGGCGCUACAUAUAUAAAUUAAAUAUCACGUUAGUGCAAUCGUGGGAACACUACCAAAAAUAUAUAUGCACUUUUAUACAUGUUAAAAUUACUUGUAUUUUAGAACCGAAAAAAAUUAUUUGUAUUUUUGUACCAAAGAAUAUAUGUUUUUAUUUUUCUGCCAUAAGGAUACGACCUUUUUUAUUUGGGUUGCUAUUUUUUUUUUAGGGGUGCUAUUUUUUAUUUUUUUUUUGAGAGAAGGGGUGCUAUUAUUAUUGUUUUAGUGAUUAUAUUCUUACAUUAUAUCUACAGUAUAUAGAAAAUUAAUUAUCCUUUCAAAAAGAAAAGGAAAUUAAUUAUUGCUUCUCA